AUGUUCCAAUUCAGCGGCGGCCUUCUUGCAGGUCAACACGACAAUGAGAAAGAGAGGUCACCGCCAGCGCGGCCGAUACCCGUGACCUUUCCAAUUCUAAAUCCACCUGAGCCGUCGCUGCAGGCACCACCCCAAUCCUGGACUCGUGAUUCGGGCCCUGGUGUUGCUGCCCAUUUCCUCGGAUUAAAGAAGCCGUCCGAUGUCAAUCUGGACACCUUGGCCCUACUGAACGUGUCGUUUCAACCAGAAUGUGACUUUGAAACACUCUUGGCGUCUGUGUCCAACGAUGCGCCCUCAUAUCUACCACCCAGAUCCUGGUUGAAAGCACCUGAUCAAAACACCGCGACACAAACGGAACCUGGUACCAAACUUCUAUGCAACGGCAGAAGGGUUCCAGAUCACAACGAGUUCUAUCUUCGUGCAAAGGAGAUUUGCUUUAGCAAUAGAGAUGCAUUCGCUAAUCUCACACGGAAACCGAUGGGAGAGAAGGUUCCACUUCGUCUAGCCCACUUUCGAAAGUUCUGGGAAGGUCUUGAUAAUAUGGCUUACUACUGGGACAACUCGCUUGAUGAAUAUUUACCUCCGAAACUUGAUCAUGGCAAUGCGGACCUGGUCUCCUCGGACCAGAAAGGCGAAACCCAAGAUUCGACUUUGCCUACUUCGGCAUCUCCAAGUGAGGGAGAACCCCGGAAGAAAGUGAAAACAGAGUCCACUACAAACGAAACGGCUGUUAUGCCCUCGGCCCCUGUAGCUUCGAACGGUACAGCAUUACCCAGCGACUCUCCCAUAUCAGCAAACAGAGCUUUACCAGCGAGAGCAGCCCCACCAAAAGCACCCUGGGAAGUGAAUGCAGCGGCUGCGCCCGAAAAGCCUGCUGAUCUGAGUAAGGGGGCCUACAAGGGCUACCGUAUCGGCAAUGGCGCGGAAAUGCCCGACUCGUAUCGACUUGAGACUACACCAGCAGAGAUCUGGAAGACUCUCAAACCUGGAAACCCACUUUGGGAUCCGAAGGUGGUCUACGAAGCGAUCGGCAAAGAUCGUAAUACCUCCUGGGAUGAUGUCUUUAUGGUAUCAUCAUUGAAUCAUCACAUCAGCAUCUUGAAGCUCCGGAUACAUCCAGACUAUCUUCAGUUCUUGGCCGAAGGCACUCUCCCUCAAGAACCCCCAGCUGAUCCGGAUUGGUUUUCACCAAAGCUUCAGCGGACUCGAUGGUUCGACUUGUUCAACAUCGAUGACCGUAUAGAGGCUAUGCGUGGGGUCUGGGGUAUCAUGAACUACCUCAUGCGGACCCGCGAACAGCAGGAUGUACCUAUGACGAACACCUGA